GAGAAGAAAGUCCACAGAGAAGAAUGUAUUUCAGGCACCCACCACCGUCAGUCCAUAUAUCCAAGUCGCAAAAGUGAAGAUGGCAGUAACGAGUCGUAAGAAGCAGCGUGCGUGUAUCUUUACAACUAUAAUAUUGUCUCUGGUAGCGGUAGCGGUGCUAGCAACCGCAAUAGGCACGGAAAACUGGAUAACUUCAAAGCCAGAACGAAUUGAAAUCACUAGUCCAAACACUACGUCGACUAAUGGUAAUGCUACUGGCGAUCCACCUGUCGAGAAAGAAAAAGGAGCCAUGCGGCUAGGAUUGUUUCGUGCAGUUGGGACUUUGACACGCAGUCCUCUGCAACCUAAACAUGUUCAACUUAAUAUAACCUGUGGCAGUGGCUAUUGCAUAUAUGAAUAUGAGGAAAAUGAUUUAAAUGGUGCCUUGAAAGCAAUGGAAGACAAGGGUGUGAAUCCGCAAGAGGUUGGCCUAUUCAGUCGUGGUCUUUUUGUCUCCCUCAUGAUUUUUGCAUCGCUAGCACUUAUUUUGGGAAUGGUCAGUGCAAUAUUUGGUCUGAUCAAUGUCGUCACCAAACCAAUAGAAACUAUAAAUGGUCCUCUUGGUUUAUUUAUCUGGAAUGGACUUGGCUUCACAUUCUCUUUGACAACAACGUUAAUGUACGUCUGGCUAUUCGAAAAAUACCUGAGUGUCAACUAUCUCCCAGAGAAGAUCAUCAACUAUGAGUAUUACACAGCGGAUGAAACGUGGCUGGACUGGUCCUUCUACCUGACGAUCGUACCAGUGGUCUGUUUCCUCAUCAACAUUCUUCUAGUCUUCUUAUCCGGGAUCAAUUUCCAGCCAAUGCUAAGGAGAAGGGAGGAUAUUUCGUCAAACAAUCCGGAUAUGAUCCUGUACUGAGUUGAUCAGGUAUGGGACUGAGUGUAUGCAUCUUACAUUGGACUUGAAAUCAAGGAAACAUGUCUGUAGGUGUUUUCAUUGUGUGUGGGGGUGUGUGACAGUGUGUGGGAAAUUUAAUGAUGUCUACGUGCAUGUUUAAAUGUUAGCUCUGAGAAACGGUAUUUUUGCUCAAUGUGAAACUAUGAGAUGUUUUAUGUUUCACAGUUGUGUGCAUGAUUACAAUUUAAAUUGUGAGUAUAUCCCGUUUAAGCAAAGAUAAAUGCAAUACAUUUCUCCAUCUAUGAGUGAGUAAAUCUUCAAGGAUAAAUCAUAGUGAAGAUGAGUAUGUAAUGGCAACCAUUCUCAUUUUUAGGCAUUGUAAUCCUUAUGUGACUAUCACGAUAAAGAUAAUUGGCCUUAAAUACAUAAUUGUCUCACAUCCAUUUCUUUUAUGCGGAACACAGGACGAGAACUAUACACAAUGCAUGUAAAUACAGAUGGAAUCACUCUUCUUGUAAGUUUUAUGCACCUGGUUUUAGUAACUGAAAUACCUUAUAUAUCCAGUGUGAAGUGUAAGACACUUGCUAAAAAAUGCCCUGCCAUAUGUAGCACUUGUAUUGCAUUGUCAGGAAUUGUGUAUUGAAUCAUAGACUGAUAUAAUUAUCAAAUUUGUGUAUGUAUUUAUAAUUCACAAAUAUAUGUCAUCACGGCAGCCAAAUCCAGUGAUUGUGGAGUCGUUACACCAUUUGUAGCAUUUUACCAUGUACGUAGAAAUUUAGUUUUUAUGUGUGUUUACAGAUAGCUGUAAUAUAUAUGCGAUUUUGUAAAUUUGCUAAAUGACUCCACGCAUAGACAUUUAUUCCAUAAUAAAUAUAUAUGCUAAUAUUCUAGAGAUUGCAAUAUUUCCACCAAAACUGACAAACAACAAUUACAUGGGCUGAAAUGUGUAUAUGUGUUCACAACUUCACAUUGUUUUAUUGAAUCAUUUAAUUUAGUGUGUUACAAUUUCUAACUGCUCAAACACCUACUGCAGGCCGUGCUACAUGUACUAGCCUUCUGUUCAGUAACGCAACUAUCUGUUGCGAGUUGGUUGUGGAAUAAUGGAAUGUAAAUUGGGUGUGCCACUAGAUGCCUCUUUUAGUGCCACGUAUUUACUUUAUGCUUUAUAUGCAAGAUGUAAUGAUAACGAGUGAGUGUAGGUUCCUGUUUAUACCGUAUCUGUACAUCUUACAAUCUUAUUACAUCUGUACAAUCUUAGGUUGCAGUGCUAAAGUCCAGACAGUUAUCGUUCUGUGAUAUGAGUGUGGAUUACUAUUUGCUUAUUGGGCAAAAAAAUCUUUCUAUUGAAGAAAUUUUAUUAUUGAAGGGGUGAAGUAUAGGAUGUAUCUCUUCAGAAGUGCCUGCUUUAGAACUUUAGAAAGUAACAUCAAAUAACGUCCAUUGCAUUUAUACCAAGUUUAGUCAUUUUACAUAUUAUUUACUAUGAAUGGGUAUAGCAAAAUGGCCUUAAUUUGUUUUGUAAGCAGUUGUGUGUUUUCUAACCCACUUUUUCCAGUAUGUAACAGUCUUGGUUAUCUGUUGAACGUAUAUAUAUAUAUAUAUAUAUAAAUUUACAGUGCAAACUGUGUUAACGGGCACGUCUAUAGGAUGGCUACACAUUUAUAGUGACCGUAACCCCCCACCCGCCCGCUGAAAAUAGGGGUAAGCGAGCAACGGGUGGUAUAAAUAUCCGUUGGACAGCUCACAUGAAGCAAGUGCAGCGGCUCACUGAUAACGAUGAAAUUGUUUAUUAAAAUUGAUGAAAUUAGUGAAAUAGAUGAUGCCUAUGCUCGUGUGAAGUGUUUCUCAGAGGGGAAAUCUUUAAAUGAGCUUUACUUAAUGGGACAGUAGCCUCUAGGAUUUUACUGCAUACAACUGUACUUACUGUAUAACAAAUCGUCUAUACCCACA